AUGCCUGCCAAGUCACGAUUUACGAGGCUUGAUGCUUUCGCCAAAACAGUGGAGGAUGCUCGCGUCCGUACCACCUCCGGAGGUAUCAUCACUCUGGCCUCGUUGGUAGUCAUCCUGUACCUGGUUUGGGGAGAAUGGCUGGAUUAUAGACGAGUGGUUGUCCUUCCAGAAUUGGUUGUUGACAAGUCGAGAGGCGAGCGAAUGGAGAUCCACAUGAACAUCACCUUUCCCCGACUACCAUGCGAGCUUUUAACCCUUGAUGUGAUGGACGUUUCGGGCGAACAGCAAGUUGGCGUGGCACACGGGGGCCGUGUGCUGGAUGUUCAAGCUCUGGACCUCCAUUCUAAAGAGGAGAUUGCCAAACACCUCGACCCGAACUACUGCGGCGACUGCGGCGGCGCCGACCCUCUCCCCGGCUCCAUCAAAGAAGGUUGCUGCAACACCUGCGACGAAGUGCGCGAAGCCUACGCAGCCAAGAACUGGGCCUUUGGUAAGGGCUCCAAUAUCGAGCAGUGCGAACGCGAGGGCUACGCGGCGCGCAUCGACGCCCAACGUCGCGAAGGCUGCCGCCUCGAGGGCAUCCUGCGCGUCAACAAGGUCGUCGGCAACUUCCACAUCGCCCCCGGCCGCAGCUUCACCAGCGGCCAGGUCCACGCGCACGACCUGCAAAACUACCUCGACCUCGAGCUCCCGGACAACGAAAAACACACCAUGACCCACCACGUCCACCAGCUACGUUUCGGCCCCCAGCUCCCCGACGAGGUCUCCGACCGCUGGCAGUGGACAGACCACCACCACACCAACCCGCUCGACGGCACCAGCCAGGAGACGAACGACCCGGCCUUCAACUUCGUCUAUUUCGUCAAGGUCGUCUCAACGUCCUACCUGCCCCUGGGCUGGGACCCGCUCUUCUCGUCCGCCGCCCACAACGCCCACGACCAGACCCCCCUGGGCUCCCACGGCAUCGCGUACGGUUCCGGUGGCAGCAUCGAAACGCACCAGUACUCCGUGACCUCGCACAAGCGGUCCCUGCGUGGCGGCGACGCCUCAGACGAAGGACACAAGGAACGUCUGCACGCCGCGAACGGCAUCCCUGGCGUCUUCUUCAACUACGACAUCUCGCCGAUGAAGGUCAUUAACCGCGAGGCCCGGCCCAAGAGCUUCUCGGGUUUCCUGACGGGCGUCUGUGCCAUCAUCGGUGGUACUUUGACCGUUGCCGCAGCCAUUGACCGUGGUUUGUAUGAGGGGGCCCUGAGAGUGAAGAAGUUGCAUUCGAGCUGAGUGUCGUUAUUAUCGUCCAGAAAAGAAAGAGUGAAAAAGAAAAAUACAAGUAGUAUCAAUUCCAUAUCGAACUGAAAAUCUGAUUUGAACUGUGGUUGAUACGGGGGUGUCUUGUCGAAGAAGUGAUUGGGAUUACUGGUAGCCACGGCGUUUCGGGACUCUCCAGCAUUGCAUUAUUGUUUUUUUUUUUUAUAUACUCGCAGGGAGCAGUGUCGAAUUUGACAGAGCAUACAUAGCAAAUCAGAGAAAUAUUGGUUUACCUCUUAUGAGCUUCCCUUGUGCCGUGAUCAAAUCGUACCCGGGAAGACUGGCCAUGGACCAUUUUCAAUAGCAAGUAUAAAGGAGUGAAAUCACAAAAUUGAGUAAUGAAGAGAUUGAAGGUGAUAAAUACAGGCCUGUAUCCUGCCCAGUUGUGUGUAAUGCGUCUUAUGUACACGAAACCACAGUAAGCCAAAGACACGAUAGAAUGAU